CCGAACGAUAGGCUUUUUCUGUCCUAACGGAUAACACGAUAUUGAAGCCUGUGGGUGUCCGCCGUUUAAGACUCAUGGUCCUCGGUCGGUCUCUUGGCGCUUUUGCUAUACCUUCUCAUCUGUCUUGUGUUCAGCGCAACUCUCCCACAACAUGACCUCUCGCGACGGCUACACAUGGACGCCUGCAUCCGGCCUGACAGCUGGUGUUCCUUCUCUCGGUGUUAUCAAUCCUCCUACUAACGUCUCCAGCUCUGAAGUCCUUUACGAUGUCAUUGUCGUUGGCGCAGGCUACUGCGGGCUCACAGCCGCACGCAAUGCCGCAGCCGAAGGACUGAAGGUCUUGCUACUCGAAGGGCGAGACCGUAUUGGAGGUCGAUCUUGGUCCUCUAACAUUGGCGGUUACCCUUUUGAGAUGGGAGGUACCUGGGUGCAUUGGGGCCAAUCGAACACCUGGAGAGAGAUGUCGAGGUAUCAGAUGAUGAACGAUGUGGAGAAAUCAUUCGACUUUUCGCAUGGCGUAAACCAUUAUGAACUGAAUAUUGGGCAGGAUGGCUAUACCAUGAGCCAUGAUGAGGAGGAUGAGCUCCUCAUCUCGGCCUUGAAUAAGUUCACGAACAUUGACGGAGCUUAUGGGAGAAAUAUCAUUCCUCUGCCUUACGACACCUUCCACGUACCAGCCGCAAAGGACCUCGACAAUCUCUCCGCCCAAGACCGCAUCAAUGAGAUCGCAGCAUCACUAUCGCCACAAGAACGGGCCGCGCUAGAGUCAUUCGUUUUACUCUGUAGCGGAGCCACACUUACCAACAUGAGCUUCUACGAGUUCAUGCACUGGUGGGCUAUGUGUGGCUACACGUACGCAGGCUGCAUAGACAUGCUCAUUAGCUGGAAGUUCAAGAAUGGGCAGUCCAGUUUCGCGAUUCGCUUCUUCCAGGAAGCGCUCGCCACAAAGCGCCUUGCCUACGCCUUCAAUAGCCCAGUCAAGCACAUCAGAGACACAGGCAACAAAGUGGAAGUCACAACACGCGACGGCCACGGCUACCACGCCGCACGACUGAUCUCAGCCAUGCCGCUCAACGUCUUGGGCGAAGUAGCGUUCGACCCACCUCUCAGCGCCGGCAAGAAAGCAGCUAUCGCGACAGGUCACGUCAACCAAUGCGUCAAAGUCCAUGCCGAAAUCUCGAACAAAGAUCUUCGCUCCUGGACAGGCGUCACAUAUCCACACAACGAACUCAUGUACGCCAUCGGGGACGGUACAACACCUGCAGGCAACACACACGUCGUCUGUUUUGGCGGCAGCAACAAACACAUCGACCCUGAAGUCAACAUCGAUGCGACGAAGCGCGCGGUGAUGAACAUGUUUGCGCAGCAGGAGAAGCAGCCCGAGAUUGAGAGGCUGGUGUUCCAUAACUGGUCGAAAGACGAGUUUGCGAAGGGCGCUUGGUUCUUCUCACCACCCGGUUUGCUUGCGAACCAUCUGGGCGAUAUGAGGGAGAGGCAUGGGAAUGUGCUAUUUGCAAACUCGGACUGGGCACUAGGCUGGAGGAGUUUCAUCGACGGAGCGAUUGAGGAGGGCACAAGGGUCGCAUAUGAGGUGAGGAAGGAGCUGGCGGACCUCCAGAGCGUGAAGCCUAGCUUGUAGAGUAG